AUGGAUCUCUGCGCAUCCUCCGCGUCUCUCCUGGAAGAAGAACUCGCCUCUGCUAUCGAGCCUGCAGUGAAAGCGGCUGUGCUGAGCGUCAUGUCUGCGUUAGCAAAGUUCGUGGACAGUAAAUGUGCAGUUUUCCACCUGAGACUGGACGAAAGAGACAAAGAUUUCGAAAGCGUGAGAUUGCGAUUGGAAAUCGCGGAGAGCGAGUUGAAAGCAGUAAGAGAACGAGAAUGCACGAACACUGCCGAUAAGAACUUCACACACUCUCUCACAAACACCGAUGAACAAUACUGCGGGAUUGACGUUGAUUUCCUUCAUCUACCCGAGUUGGAGCAGCAAGUGCACCGUUUGGACCACUCGAGGACAGCGGAAUGGAGACGCGCAGUGGAGGGUCCUGCAGAGAGAAAUGCUCUCCCUCAUGCUGAGGAAGGGUCGAAGGCAGAAUCAGUUCCCAUUCAGGAGGAGCUCUUUGACCAGGAAUGGUGCAGGAGUCCAGAGCAGACUACAGAGCUGACAUCUAUUGAAGGGGAGGAGGAGAAACCUGGACUGGAUCCUGUCCACGUUAAUGAAGAGAUCCCUGGAAUUGAACCGGUCAUCAUUAAAGAGGAGGUUCUUGAACUUGAAUCUGACCCCAUUGAAGAGGGGGGUUCUGAUCACUUUGAAAGACAGCAGCAGAUUCACGCUGGACAGAAACCUCAUCACUGCUCUGAAUGUGGCAGGAGUUUCAGUACAUUUGCAGAGCUGACAAGCCACCAGUGCAUUCACACAGGAAAAAAUCUGUACUUUUGUUCAGAAUGUGGGAAGAGUUACACUAUGUUAAGUAACCUGUCAUUACACCUGCGUACUCACACAGGAGAGAAGCCGUUUCUGUGCACGGAAUGUGGAGUGACUUUUUCUAAGUUAAGUAACCUGACGAAACACUUGCGAAUUCAUACCGGAGACAAACUGUAUCAAUGCAGUGACUGUGUCAAGAGUUUCAUUACAAAAGAGGAGCUGAAAAGACACCAGCGCAUCCACACAGGAGAAAGACCGUACCGCUGCACUGAAUGUGAGAAGAGCUUCAAACAUAUACACCACCUCACAACACACCAGCGCAUUCACACAGGAGAGAAGCCCUAUUCCUGUACUCAGUGUGGCAAGAGCUUCACGCAGCUACAGCACCUUAAAACACACCUGCGAAUUCAUACUGGAGAGAACCCGUACCGCUGCGGUCAAUGCGGCAAGAGUUUCAAACAGUUUCAGCACCUUAAAUUACACCAGCGCACUCACUCAGGAAAGAAAUAG